UCAAACUAAUACACCAUGUCAUUCUGUUGUUUACAGAGGUUGUGACCAUGGAGUCAGUCCUGGGGGGUGACUCACAGCCAACCAUAGCUGAACUAUCCCCUCGUAACAAGUUGUUCAAGAAGAUUGAUAAAUCUUUCACUGAAACUGAAGUAGAAAGCUUGCGAAACUUAAUGACUGACAGUCUUAUUGAAAGGGGAAGAGUUGAGAAUGCAAGUCCACACCAAAUGCUCAACAUGUUGGAAGCAGAUGGCAAAAUAGGUGUGGGAAACCUUGGGUUGCUGAAGGAACUGUUGACAGCUCUCAAUAAAGGGAAGCUAGUACAGGAGACUGAGGCAGUGGAAAGGCAAGAAGAAAAGGCUGCAGCACAACUCAUGGAAAGGAAGAGAGUUGCCACCGAAGAUACAGAUACCCUUGCCAUAUGCGUAAAGAAGCCAAAACCCUGUCCACCAAGUACCGAAGGUCAAUCAGAGAUUUCCAGUGGUUAUGGUGGUACAUCGCCUAGCAGAAGUGGGAUACAGAGUGAGGAAGAGACUGGACUGUCACAGGAUGGUCAUGACAUUUCCUUUGAAGGAAUCACAGAAGCUGAGCUACAUGAAAGAAUCCAGGAACUUCAGAAGAGAGCUGCAAUCUACACCUCAGAAUGUCGCAUGGAAGAAGCAGGCAAGGUAUUUGAUGAGCUCUCCAUGCUGACCAAGCGUCGUGACAGGGAAAGGAAAGGAGAGCUUGGAUUUCGUAUUUCAUUACUCGAUAGAACACCCGAGGUACAAGAAAAACAAGAGAAAGCAUACAUAGAGGGGAAACUACAUGAAGUAUUGCAACAACACAUCAACAAGACCAUUGAGAAAAACUGUGACAUGCUGGAAAUUGAGACUGAGGUGGAAGUUUUGGAUGAGCCAGAAGUUGACCGUACAAGAAGGAACCAUAAACAAGAAUGGUUAAAAGGACAAUUUGGCAUCAUUAAAGUGCAUGCGAAGAGUGUCAAGCUGAGAGAAGAUUACGUCCAUAGUGAGGGAAAACCAAGCUCAGUUGAUCGUCUGUUUGACCAUCUUGUGGAGAACAGGGAUGAACUAGACCCCAUCGUAACCUACCUGAAUGGCAUGAAAGUGCAGGUUUAUGACAUCACACGGGGAUGCAUUAAACUGAAAUUCUGCUGUCUCACAACGGAGUCCUCAGACCACCUGCAAGAUGAGUACAACAGUCAAAGACUUUCUGACCGAUUCCAGAACUUCAUGGAAACAUCAUCUCUGCUCCAACAGUUUGGGCUGGAGUCUGUCCUAUUGGACAUCAAGUGUAUAUUUUUUAACAAAGAUGCAGAGAAGACAGAUGACCCAGCAGAAGAACCAUGCAAUGAUAUGGAGACAGAGUACAAGUUGGAAGAGUAUGAAGUGGAAGCAUCAAAACAAUCAAAGCCUGGUGACAUCAGCAUGGCGCCAUCUGGUGUGACGGAGAACAGCAUCAGCAUCACCUGGGAAGAGGCAGCUGGUCCAGGCAAAGUUAGCUAUGACGUCAGCAUCACUCCUCCCAGUGGUGACAACCCUACUGGAAGAGUGGAUGAUGGAGCCCCACUGGAGUACAGCUUUACUGGUCUGGUGCCAGGAACCCUGUACACCAUCAGUGUCACAACUGUUGGUGGUGAGGUUCUUAAUGCAACAAGCACAGUGCAGCUGAGGACUUUUCCAGCCCCUCCAGAUGAGAUCAGCAUUCACUCAGUAGACAGAGACAACAACAGCAUCAGCAUCACCUGGGCAGAGGCAGUUGGAACAAAGGACUACUACACAGUCAGCAUCAGUCCUCCUGAUGAUGACAACCCUACCGCAAGAGUGGAUGAUGGAGAACCUCUAGAGUACAGCUUUACUGGUCUGACACCAGGAACCCUGUACAAUAUCAGUGUCACAACUGUUAGUGGUAGGGUGAAGAGUGCAGGAAGGACAAAAGAACAGAGAAUGUCAAUUGCUGACACAGAGAUAACACAUGACUCAGAUGUCAUGGAGAUAAUAUGUGAGAAGGAUCAUGAGCAUGAAGUAGCUGAUGCUUCGUACAAGCCACUGGGCAUGCGUUGUGACGUCAGCAUAGCAUCAUCAGAAGUGACGAAGAAUAGCAUCAACAUCACCUGGGAAGAGGCAGCUGGUCCAGGCAAAGUUAGCUAUGACGUCAGCAUCACUCCUCCUGAUGGUGGCAACCCUACUCAAAGAGUGGAUGAUGGAGCCCCACCAGAGUACAGCUUUAUUAGUCCAACAUCAGGAACUGUCAGUGAUGGGGUGAAAAGUGCAAAAUGGACAAUGGAACAGAGGACAAGUCAACCCAUACCAAGGGUAACCCAGGAGUAUCCUGUCUAUCAUCCCCGCAUUCUCACUACCAGAAGUGUGCUGGACAUCCUCCAUCUGGAUCUACCAAACGUUUGUGGAGAGCAACAGCCAAAAAUAUUGCUACCUACAGAGAGAGACAGCAGAGAAGAUGAUCUUCUGGACGAACUUGGCAAUCUGCAAAUACCAGAGUUGCAAGAAAUCACAUCAGAACACGUCUCACUUGACAUCGUGGAACUGGAACAACUGAUGGGACCUCGUAGAGAGAGGAGUACCUCCAUGGGUUCUAAGACAUCUGGGUAUCAUACAGGUACUCAAGGAUCAGGACCCAGCAGACCUGACUCACCCACAGGUGAGAAUGAUAUGCAGAUCAAGCUAGAAGCCCUCCUUGAUAAAGUAAACACAAUUAAAGUGAUGGAAGACAAAGCAAAACAGUUUGACCUGUACUGUCAGGUAGGAGAUCUCUACAGGACAAAACUACACAACUUACAGGCAGCUCUGCAGUAUUACCAGAACAUGUUAGAGUGCUCUCAGGAACUGUCAGAAGACACAAAACAAGCCAAAGCCUACAGCAGGCUAGGACUGACAUGUGACAUCUUAGGUCUGCAACAAGAAGCAUACAGGAACCAUAAAAAAGCUCUGACCAUCUAUAGACUGGAAAUCAAAAAUGAAAGUGACAUUUGUAUAGCUUACAAGAACCUGGCCUCAUCAUUAGUACUGUCAGGUCAAGUGUCAGAUGCAAAAACUAACUAUGAGUCAGCAUUGGCUGUUGCCAUGGAGACAGGAAACAAGACUGAACAGAUGGACAUUUACUGUAAGCUGGGUGAUUUACACAGGGAACAGCUACAUGAACCACAGGUCUCACAUAAGUACUACACGGAGAUGUUGGUACUAGCCAAGGACUUGGGGAGGAAGGACAGGGAGAGGCUGACUUACAACAGACUGAGACUGGCUUGUGAGGACAUGCAGGAUUGUAAGGCAGCUCUGGAGUGGCAUCAGAAGGAAGAACAGCUACCAGCAUACUUAAAUGACUGUUACAAACUGUUCAUAGCUUACGACAUCAACAUAGCGGAAACGAUGCUGAUGAUCUACUACAGGCACAAGCGUCAUGGAUGUACUAGUUACUGCCUUGCGUGUCACAUCGCGGAGACGAUAGUCACCCACGUGCAUGCAUGCAACAAUGACCACUGCCCCCCAAAACAGUUCCUGGCCAGAGGUAACUGA